AUGAAGGAACUCGUCAGGGACACUAUUGUUGGACAUCUGCUCCGCUUGGCAACUACAAGGAGGGUGCUUCAAUACGAGGAAGAGAGAGAUCAGUCAUUAUGGAAACGAUAUGUCGACAAAGAGAAGAGUGGGAGGAUGGCACAUCACGGCAGCCCGGAAGAAGAGGAAGAGGAAGAGACGGGCGAUGCAAGUGACAACAGUACGCAAGAACAACAAAGAGCAGGUGUGGCGGAAGGAAACACAACGGCCACUACUCGCAACAGCUCAGAUACUCAAGUGGGAAGCGGAGAUGCACAGAGAAAUGAAGUGAGCGGGGUUCCAGUCGAUCCAGAGAAGGGCAGAGAUGUAUCGAUUGUCACCUGGUUUGGAGAUGACGAUCCAGAAAACCCCUUGAAUUGGUCGACUGGGAAGAAAUUCCUCGUGACAUUCUUGAUAUGUCUCUUGACAUUCUCGGUUUACAUUGGAUCUGCUAUUUACUCGGCCGGCACUCAGGGUGUAAUGGAACGAUUUAGAGUUAGUCAGGUGGCAGCUACCUUGGGUCUCACUCUUUUCGUCGCUGGAUACGGGCUGGGUCCUAUGGUUUGGGCGCCAAUGUCUGAGAUCCCUCAGAUCGGUCGAAACCCAAUAUAUAUCGGCACACUAGUGGUCUUUGUAUUCUUCCAGUUCGCCGUCAUUUACGCCAAAAAUUUCGGGAUGCUACUGGCGUUCAGAUUCUUGACUGGGCUGUUUGGCUCUCCGGUGCUUGCAACAGGCGGCGCGAGUUUGUCGGACAUGUAUAUGCCUGCUAAACGUGCGUACGCCAUCGGAAUUUGGGGCAUAGCAGCGAUUUCAGGCCCCGUGCUAGGACCACUGAUAGGGGGGUUUGCAGCACAACAUAAAGGUUGGCAAUGGCCAAUCUGGGAACUCCUCUGGCUUUCCGGAUUCAGCCUUAUCGUCCUGGCCAUCUUCCUUCCUGAGACCUCCUCUGCCAACAUUCUUUACCGCAGGAGUCGACGUCUUCGCAAGCUGACAGGGAGAAACGACCUGAAGUGUGAACCUGAGCUUAUGAGCGAGCAGAUGACCAGCAAAGAGAUUGUUCUGAUGACUUUGGUCAGGCCAUUCUCACUCAACUUCCUGGAGCCGAUCUUAUUCCUUCUUAACUUAUACAUCGCUCUCAUCUACGGUAUCCUAUACGUAUGGUUUGAGUCCUUCGCUAUUGUGUUUGAGGGGAUAUACGGCUUCAAUCUCGGAGAGGAAGGAUUAUCAUUCGUCGGCAUACUCGUUGGCUCCCUUGUCGUUAUCCCACCUUUCUUUCUCUACUUGUAUUUCAUCCAGGAGCCUCAAUUCAACGAGAAUGGCGAGAUAAAGCCGGAGAAGCGACUACCACCAGCCUGCAUUGGAGGUUUUUGCAUUCCACUCUGUCUCUUCUGGUUUGGUUGGACCGCCAGGCCAUCAGUACAUUGGAUCGUGCCCAUUAUUGGAUCCGGCUGGUUUUCCGUGGGAGCUUUCCUGCUCUUCAAUUCGGUGCUCAAUUACCUUGGCGAUGCAUAUCCAGAUUAUGCGGCCUCGGUCUAUGCGGGGAAUGACUUCAUGAGAUCGAGCUUUGGUGCGGGGUUUCCCUUGUUCGCGGCUGCUAUGUAUACAAACCUUGGAGUGGGUUGGGCUAGCUCGACGUUGGGAUUUUUAUCUAUUGCGUUUAUCCCCAUUCCAUUCGUGCUGUGUAUCUACGGGGAGAGAAUUCGGAAAGCUAGCAAGAGGGCAAGACAUGACUUGUAAGAGGCGAUGAGAUAGAAAGGAGGGUCGUGAUGGAAUCAUAGCGUUCCUUCACAUCGGGGGGUGCGGGUGCUGAGAUAAAUCAGGAUUGGCGUUCCUCCCCGGCAUCAAUAUUUUAAUCUCAAAAUUGUGUAUAUAUAUAAGGUUUGUUAAUCAUUGAAGUCCGAUUAAUCAUUCAAAC